AUCUGGUCAGGUUAUACCUCGUCGCGUACAGUCGGCAUUCUUUAAAAAAGACUGAAGACAAGAUGAAUCUACGAAGUAUCACGCUGACCUCGGCAUUAUUUGCCAUAUCACUCGCAUAUAGAGGUGGUGGCGGCAAAAGCGGGGGCAAGAGUGGCGGUAUGGGAGGUGGAAUGCAAAUGAUGCCGAUGAUGCCAAUGAUGAUGAUGAUGAUGAUGCCCAUGGAAGGCGGUAAGGGCGGAAUGGGUGGCAGAAUGGAAGGUGGUAUGCCCAUGAUGCCUAUGGAAGGCGGAAAUGGCGGUGGAAUGGGAGGCGGGAUGCCAAUGGAAAUGGGCGGUGGAAUGAAGAUGCCAAUGGAAAUGGGUGGUGGAAUGAAGAUGAUGCCAAUGGAAAUGGGCGGUGGUAUGGACGGUGGAAUGAAGAUGAUGCCAAUGGAAAUGGGUGGUGGUAUGAAGAUGCCAAUGGAAAUGGGCGGUGGAAUGAAUAUGAUGCCAAUGGAAAUGGGCGCUGGUAUGGGCAAUGGAAUGAAGAUGAUGCCAAUGGAAAUGGGUGGUGGUAUGAAGAUGCCAAUGGAAAUGGGUGGUGGAAUGAAGAUGAUGCCAAUGGGAAUGGGCGGUGGUAUGGGCGCUGGAAUGAAGAUGAUGCCAAUGGAAAUGGGUGGUGGUAUGAAUAUGAAGCCAAUGGAAAUGGGUGGUGGUAUGGGCAGUGAAAUGAAAAUACCAAUGGAAAUGAGUGGUGGUAUGGGCGGUGGAAUGAAGAUGCCAAUGGAAAUGGGUGGUGGAAUGAAGAUGAUGCCAAUGGAAAUGGGAGGUGGGAUGAAGAUGCCAAUGGAAAUGGGCGGUGGAAUGAAGAUGAUGCCAAAGGAAAUGGGCGGUGGUAUGGGCGGUGGAAUGAAGAUGAUGCCAAUGGAAAUGGGUGGUGGUAUGGGUGGUGAAAUGAAGAUGCCAAUGGAAAGGCGUAGUGGUAUGGGUGGCGAAAUGAAGAUGCCAAUGGAAAUGGGUGGUGGAAUGAAGAUGAUGCCGAUGGAAAUGGGCGGUGGAAUGAAGAUGAUGCCAAUGGAAAUGGGCGGUGGAAUGCUCAUGAUGCCUAUGGAUGGUAUGAUGAUGGAGAUGAUGAAAGGUGGUGGUAUGGGGGCUAACAAGAUGGGAGGCAUGGGAGGUGAGAUGCCAAUGAUGAUGAUGCAAACGGGAGGAAUGGGUGGCGGUAUGCCAAUGGGUGGCGAAGGAGGAAUGGGCGGAGGUAUGCCCAUGGGCAUGAAAAAUAAUGGCAUGGGUGGUAAGAUGGGCGGAGCCGAAGGAAUGGGCGGUGCUAUGGGAGGCGGAGCCGGUGGAAAAGGGGGAGCCGGUGGAAAAGGAGGAGCUCCACUGGACCGCUAAUUCUAACAGCUGAGCUUAAUCGACCGCCAGCCGGAAUAACCUGAAUCAAAAACCCUCAGAUGCAUGUAGUUACUGACCAGAGCUUCAGCUUAUACCAUUCAUCAUCUAGCCGUCCGCUUACCAUUCAAUCAUGUGUACUUUCAAGAAAGUAUUAGGUGAAGACUUCACUUCUUCAGAAGGGAUAUAGUUUUAUAUCUACUAUGCUGCGUACAACCCAUCAACGACACGGAUCCCGCAAUCGACAAUGCCCCCUUGCCCUCAUUUUUCACGUGCAUGCAUGAUGCUUCUCGUAUGCGCAGACCGGCGACACGUUCAUCGAAUGGCCACGAGCAUUGACACUAACGGAAUAGCUAUGAACUGAUGGAGUCUCAUCAAGUGUUGUGAAGACCACUGAUUUGAAAAAAAAACACUAGAAUAUUUACCUGCAUUGGUAAUGAAACAAAUCCACGUUAAAAGUGUCAAAGGUACCGAUGCAUAAUAUGCAUUAUAUCAUUCAAAGGGUUCACAUCGGUGUUAGUAAUGACAAACGUUUUAAUUGACAAUCAACUUUUCACGCUCACACGCAUGUUUUAACGGCCGUCGCCAUGUCAUGGUGCUACAACGAUCAGUACGGAUUAUCCGGCGGAAUUGCAAAACAUAUGUUGUAUUUUCAACAAGUUGUUCUGACAUGAGAAUCGUAAUUCAUGCAUAUGAAACAUGAUGAUGUAUUGUGAUCUUUCGAGAGCUUGCAAUGUAAAUUAAAUUAGAUGCAAUUCAA